UUACCAACACUUGAAACAUUCCUUUUCUGCUUUUUCUACCCGACAACAAUGAGUCCUCUUUUACCACCCAGCUUUGUCUCAUUGAGAAUGACUUUAUUUGCAUAUAUUUACGCUUUUUAGCGGCGCUAAUCCCUGGCGGAGGUUCUCCUGGUGAAUUCACCUCUGCGGCGGCAGUGACAGUGAUGAGGUUAUGAUGAUUGGAAGGCGACGCCUUACGAGGCUCCCUGCCCAUCUCCUACUGAUCUGAGAGGAAGGACAAGCAGUCGCCAUGUCCUCCCACGACUUCCAGUGCUUCAGUGCCGUCUCUGGGGACCCUUCUCCAACUUGCAGGCUGCCCCGCAUCGCCCAUCAUGACCCCGUGGCGGCCGAAUGUUAUCUGUGCUCAGAGUACAGACACGCCCGCACCAUGGAGGCGUUACAUUCUUUGUCCUCUCUCUGUCACUACGACCACCAUCAUAAUCAUCGCCUGCCUCACCAGCAUGUUCGAUGGAGGCCCGGCAGGCCCGACAACAACCCUCUGGCGCCUCAGCGGCACGCGAAGAGGAUAAUCCUGGUGAAAAACAGCAACCCCUCGGUCAGGAAGACCAUCGUCUUACAACGCAAGGGGCUGCGCAGCUUCGGACUUUUCUUGGAGGAACUCUCCGCGCUCAUGCAGUACCACGUGAGGAAGGUGCGCACUCUGGACGGACACAAGGUUGAAAAUGUGCAAAAUGUUAUGCACUGUCCUGGUGUUCUGAUUUGUGUGGGUCGGGAUCCGUCUCACCCCUCCAUUUUGGAGAGAUUUCGGAAAGCAGCUGAGGACAAAUUGCCAACGCUGAGUACGAAGGCACGAUCCGCUUGCGGUGCGGACAGUGAUGACGGACACACCGUUCAACCGAAACUAGAAUCUACCAACGGUUCCACGAGGCAUUCAGUGUCUUCUGACAAGUCACUUCCAGAUGGAACAGAAUCCUUAGAUGAUGUCGCCUCUUGUCCGGCCACUGCUAACAGAAUAAAUGAUGAUGAUGUGGAGAAACUAGUCCGUAUCAACGAAGAUGGCAGCUUGUCUAUGAAGAUGAAAGUGCGCUUUCGACUAGAAAACGAAGAAACCUUACUGUGGUCGACAGAAGUGAGAAAAAGCUCCAACAGAACCUGCGAGCACCAAGUUCUCGACAGAAGCUGUUUGGGUUCUGAAAAUGUUUCAGAGACGGGUGAGGCACAGGUCAGGAGGCGCCACCAAAGACAGGGCUUUGGUUGUCCUCACUGCUGUAGUCAAACAAGAGAGUACAACAUUUGGACUAACACCGCAACAGGUUCUCAGGGAGAAAGUGGCAGCACUCACACAUCAAGUUCAGGCGCUUCCUCGCACAGGGUGGUUUCAAGGAAGAGCAUGGUUGAAAGUCGGAAAACUGUGGCCAAAUCAAGCGAGGAGCAUUUAGAAGAAGUGGUUGAGCAUGUUAAAUCAUCUGAAACUGUGGAGUACUGCGCCAUCCGUAGUGAGUCUUGCAUGAAUACGGUAAACAACUGUGAGGCUGAGCAAGAACGAGAACUUGGAUCUACAAGUGCAUCAAGACAACCCUCGCUAAGUGAAAAACCAGAAAAGCAGGAGCUGACAGGAGAUGCUAUGCCAGACACUUUGAGGAAAUCAUCGUCGGGAUCUACACACUCAAAGAAAUCCACUAAGAAGUCUAGAAGAUCAAAUGCAUGUCACUGUGGAGCAUCUGAUGGUAGCCAGGAUACACAAGUGCAAACAAAUUCAGAGGAGACUCUUGCUGUCACGUCUGUCCGAUCAAAUUCUCUUGAGUCGAAUGAAUGCAAAGAAACACAUACUGCAGAACCUGCGGUUGUUGAAGAGGAUCGAUCAAAAAGUGCCAUGUCCGUUCAUUCAAAUGCCUCAACAAAGUCUAAACCAAAAGUCUUAGAGUGCAAUGGAAGACCAUCAAGUCAAACAUCAGCCAAGUCUGAGGUGACAAGUGAACUAUGUCAAUCAGAAAAAGAAGCUGAGGCAGAAAGACCAACAACUUCCUGCUCGUCCAGAUCCACAACUUCAGUUACAUCAAAAGGAUACGCUCAUGUGGAUGAGGCUGAAGAAGAAUAUGCCAAAGAACAAGUCCAAGACCAAGCAGAGGAAAGUGAGAGUGCAAAGAGAACUCAAAGCCAAAUGUCUAUGAAAUCUUCUAAAAAGUCCAAAGCACCUGAACAAAGUCUGGAAGAAACCUCAGAGGUGAAUACCAAGGGACUAGAAUCUACAAAGGACACAGAAGAUCAAGUAAGAUCAUCGAGUGUCCUUUCAGCGACAUCGACAAAGUCUAAAACCUUAGAGGUUGGCAAAGAAGUACAAGAGGCAGCUGCAAUGUUAAAUGUUGAUGAUUGCCCUGAGGAAGAAACUGAGGAGAGACCUCCAACUACCAUGUCAGUGGAAUCUGUUAUAUCAGAUGUAAGGUCAAGGAAAUCAAAAUCCCCAGAAGUUGAUGCUGAUGGAUAUACUACAGAGGCAACUGAAGGUAGACCACAAAGCGCAAAGUCAAUCGACUCAGUAAGGUCGGUAAAGACCAGUAUUUCUGCUAGAUCAUGCCAAUCUAAGUCAUCAGAAGAACCAGAUGAUGAAUGUAGAAGUAAUGGAGUGCCAACUCCAGAAGAAACAGCGUGCAACACUUCAGCCAUAGAGAGCAGGUUGGAAGUCAAAGAUAGUGUCUCAAAUCACAAAGUUGAGGAAACAGAGAGGCCUGCUUCAGGAUAUCAUAGUGCCAUGUCAGAAAAAACUUCUGACUCAGAAUUGUCUGCAGAAUCCAUGAAGUCCAGAACCUCUGAAAAUAGGACUGAAGGAAAUGUUGAUGAUGGAGAGAGAGCACAAAGUGCAAUGUCUACCAAAUCAAAGGCAUCUAAGGGAUCUUCUCAAUCCAAAGCCUCUCAGCCUGUCCUUGAACAAAAUGACGAAGACGAUAGUGAGCAAGAUGCUAGCCAGAGGUCACCCAGCGCCAUGUCAACCAAAUCGGCCAAGUCAAGCAUUUGUUCGAGAUCAAAUGAGGAUGAGAGAGAACCAAGUGUGAUGUCGAAGCUCUUCUGGAAGAUGGUGUUGAUAUACUUGAUGAAGAGACAAAAAGUAGAGUAA